GACGAGUCAUUUCCGUCCGCGGAGAAACAGAGGCAGCCGCCGGCCGAGUUGCGAGCAGAGCGCCUCCGGCAGGCCCUCCCUGGUCGGAAGCGGCGAGUGAGCCAAGCGGCGGGCAAGGGCCGGCUCCCAGGAUGGCCAAGGUGGAGGCCCAGGGCCGCCUGUGGCUGGAGAGCCCCCCUGGGGGAGCGCCUCCCAUCUUCCUGCCCUUGGGUGGGCAAGCCCUGGUGCUGGGUCGGGGACCCUUGACGCAGGUUACCGACCGGAAGUGCUCCAGAAACCAAGUGGAGCUGGUCGCUGACCCUGAGACUCGGACGGUGGCAGUGAAACAGCUGGGAGUUAACCCCUCAACUGCCGGGACUCAGGAGCUGAGAACAGGGUUGGAGGGUUCUCUGGGGGUGGGGGACACGCUGUAUUUGGUCAAUGGCCUCCACCCGCUGACCCUGCGCUGGGAAGAGGCUCGCACGCCAGAAUCCCAGCCAGACACUCCACCAGGCACCCCUCCUGUGGCCCCGGAGGAGGAGGAGGAGGAGGAGGAGGAGGAUGAACAGCAGAAAAAGCGGAUAAGGAAGUCAUCCCCUGGCUGGGAGAGCUUCCAGAAGCUGCUAGUGUUCACGGCACCUGGUGUGAAGCCCCGGGGCAAGGUGGCCGGUUUUGAUCUGGAUGGGACCCUCAUCACCACACGUUCUGGGAAGGUCUUUCCCACUGGCCCCAGUGACUGGAGGAUCUUGUACCGAGAGAUUACACAGAAGCUCUGGGAACUGGCCGCCGAAGGUUACAAGCUGGUGAUCUUCACCAACCAGAUGGGCAUUGGGCGCGGGAAGCUGCCAGCGGAGGAGUUCAAGGCCAAGGUGGAGGCUGUGGUGGAGAAGCUGGGGGUCCCCUUUCAGGUCCUGGUGGCCACGCAUGCAGGCUUGUACCGGAAGCCGGUGAUCGGCAUGUGGGACCACCUGCAGGAGCAGGCCAACGAGGGCGUGCCCAUCUCCAUCGGGGACAGCGUCUUUGUGGGAGAUGCAGCUGGACGCCCAGCCAACUGGGCCCCUGGGCGCAAGAAGAAAGACUUCUCUUGCGCUGACCGCCUGUUUGCCCUCAACCUGGGCCUGCCCUUCGCCACGCCAGAGGAGUUCUUUCUGAAAUGGCCCAUGGCCCGCUUCGAGCUCCCAGCCUUUGACCCGAGGACCGUCUCCUGCUCUGGGCCUCUCUGCCUCCCUGAGUCCAGCUCCCUCUUAAGCUCAGACCCCGAGGUGGUUGUCGCCGUGGGAUUUCCUGGGGCUGGGAAGUCCACCUUCCUCCAGGAGCAUCUCGUGUCGGCCGGAUACAUCCACGUGAACAGGGACACUCUGGGCUCGUGGCAGCGCUGUGUGACCAUGUGCGAGGCGGCUCUGAAGCAAAGGAAACGGGUCGUGAUUGACAACACAAACCCGGACGUCCAGAGCCGGGCCAGGUACAUCAAGUGUGCCCGAGACGCAGGCGUCCCGUGCCGCUGCUUCCUCUUCAGCGCCACCCUGGAGCAGGCACGCCACAACAACCGGGUAGGCGCCGCGGGCAGGGAGGGACGCCAGGUCGAGCCUGUACGUUGGGCCUCACCUCCACCCACCACCCUCUGCCGCCAGGAAGCAGCUCGAGGCCCCCACGCUGGCCGAAGGCUUCGCCGCCGUCCUGGAGAUCCCGUUCCGGCUCCACGUGGCGCCGCAGCUCGAGCGGCUGUACCGCCAGUUCUCAGAGGGUUGAGCCGAGGCCCACCCCCCGCCUGCUCCCCACCCCACAAUAAAUGCUCUUUUUCUUCAUGCUUGACCAGCAUUUUGCUCCCAGCCGGGCUGGGAGCACAGGCCCACCAGCCCGGUCUCCCAGGAAGGCACUGCUGGGAACUUUGCCUCAAGCUAAACACUCAGCCCACCUUGGGGACAACUGCCUCUUGUGGACGGGGGUUUCGGCUUCUCCAGGCUGCGGCUGCUGGCGCUCCAGGUGGGCCCAGGGCAUCCUGGCUGGCAGGGCCCGAGUGGAGUUUGCUGCACGCGGCUGCCAGCUGAGAGCAAGCCCAGAGUUUUAGCAAAGACGUGACCCGAGGCCAAGAGUUGUUGGAGCUCAGAUUCCGUGAGAAGCGAGGUGCUCUGCACGCUGGACUUGAACCCCGGGGCUAUGGCCUGGACCUGCAGCAGCAAAGGGCGCCUGAGAGCCCGGCCAGGCCUGCGGCACGCCACCAACAGCACGGGCCUGGAACCGGCCUAGCACUGCCUUGUGUUUGCUUCCAGCUAAGUGAGGUUUGCGGAACCCACAGGGCAAGGAGGGCAGCCUGGCAAUGCCGGGAGUCGGGGGCUGCACCCCAGGAGCAGCCGGCCAGCUGUGCAAAGACCCUGGAAGACACGGCCCAGCAAGCCCCAUGCAGACCUGGCAGCUCCGUGAACUGCAGCGUCCCCUCCUGGCUCAGGUGACAGUGAUCUCAGAGGUGACCCCUCU